AUGGAUUCCAGUUUCGGAACAAAUGGGUUCUAUACACAUACUCCAUCGAUGUGGAGUGAUAGUAGGCGUAGGAACGUUGGAAAUAGAGAUAAAGACUCGUUCAGAGGAGGAAUAAGCGAUCGAAGAAAUGAAGAGAUCAACAAACCAAAAGAAGAUCCAUUUUGUAUAUCCGGUUUUUCCAAUUACACAGGAAAAUCGAAGUCAAGCACUAGUAGAGCAAAGAAUGGCCCAGCGAGUGAAUCGAUUAAGGAGCUACCUUUGAUUUCUACUGAAGUUCUCGAUGCAGCCAGUCAGAGAAGAUUAGCCUUCGUCGUUUUUUUUAUCAUUCAAUGCUACAAACUAUACGAUCUAAUCCUACUUAAGAGUGGGAUACCAUUAUCUGGGAUUUUUCUAUCGAAUUCAAGGUUAAACUUCAUUUCAAAAUAUUUGGUAAUAGACUCUUUGUUCUUUUACUGUCUCCCCACGUUCAAAAUACCCAAAUUAAAGUUCAAACCACUGAUAGUGCUUUUGCAGAUUAUUUCAUCCGCAACCCUCACACUGUUUAUCUCCAGUGAACAAAGUAUCCCAUUGGUAUCGCUUCUAUUGUCAUUAUGGAGACAGUAUCACAGCAGAGACUUGUCCUUAACAGGUGACUCUGUCAACCCAAGAAAGGCUAUGAAUUCGGCAGAACACUUCAAAGGUGCACAUACCAUUAAAAUUUUGCCAGAAAAUACAGCAUAUUUGAAUCCCUUCCACUCGUCUUUUUGUCUACCACUGGACCAAUCUGGUCCUGCCAUUGAACUACCUAUAAGAGUCAACUCAUCAUCCACAAUCAAUACAGUCCAGUUAGAGUUCAGAGAUCUAUACUCAAAUGAAGGUGAACUGUGGAACUUCACCAAGAACGAUUUAAAACCACUCAAGGCAGAUAUUUCAAAGGAAGAAACUGAUCGUAACAUACAUUACUUUACUGUACCUCUUAACAAAAUCGGGUUUUACCAGUUGAAAACCGUUCUAGACACUAAUAAUAUCAAUUUGAGAAUAUACAAAUCCCAAUUAGUGCUACCUCACUGCCCAUUGGCUUCCAUUAACGGAAAGGGAGAAAAUGAUAGAUGUGUUGGAGAUAAUGAUGAGGUUUCAAUUCAGGUACAAGGUGCUCCACCUCUUAAAUUGACUUAUACUAAGACAAUCAAUGGCCAAAGAUACGUACUAGAAGAUUCAUCACUUCAACCAGAAUAUUUUGAAUCACCUUUGCUAACGAAUUCAAAAUUCUACAGUCAAAAAGAUGUCCAAGAUUUAAAAUGGGCUCGUUCGUACCCUGUAGAUAUCGCAUUAGAAACUUCAACCAAAGAAUACGGUGAACAUGUUUACUCUAUCGAAAGAAUUGUGGAUGGAUUUGGUAAUAGCAUUGAUUUUUCCUCAUUAUCAUCACAAGUAAGAGAAAAGUAUGAUUUGAUCCACAGAUUCUACGUGCACGACUUACCAAGAGUAUCUUUGGAUGAAAAAAUGAAUCCCGACAGUUCUGUUAGAAGGUCUUUAAUAGUCAAAUUGGACUCUGGCGAUUUUAACAAGGAUGCUCCAUUCAUCGUUCAGUUAUCCCAUGAAGAUAACAACUCCAAAGUGAGAUACUUCGAAAAACAAUUCAAUGAUAAAACAUUAGAAUUCAAAGUUGAUGAGCCAGGUUCUUAUAAUUUGCUCUCAGUAAAAUCGAGGUAUUGCCACGGUGCCGUGAUUGGAAAAUCUAAUGUUCUGAUAACUAAACCAAUUCCUCCUCAAUUAUCUGUAAGAUCAACCCCAAUAUUAGAUCAAUGUGUUGGACAGGUCGGCUUGAAUUUUGAUCUUACUUUUACCGGUGUUCCUCCCUUUUACUACAAAACAAAAAUAUACAAAACUGAGCAAGGAGAACGUAAACUAUAUGAUACAAAAAAAUUCAGCUCCCAAGGAACCAGAAACCAGUUUACUUAUUCACCCACAUCAGAAGGCAGUUAUGAAAUUGUUUUCACCGAAUUGUCAAAUGAACUUUUCACAUCUCCUAUCUCCUUAGAUUCGAAAGAGUACACAUUCAAAACCAGCAUGAGAGUGAAACCUAGUGCAAAGAUUUCAGGGAAGCUAGAGACAAAAUUAUGUCUUGGAGGGAAAACGAAGGUACCUAUUAAAUUCAGUGGUGAGCCUCCUUUCACGUUAAACUAUGAUUUAGUAGAGACUUCUUCUAAUAAGAGAACUUCGUUUAAUAAAGAGAAUAUUCAAAGUUUUUCCUAUGAGAUCGAAACACCUAAUUUCAACAUUGGUGGUGAUCAUAUCCUAUCUUUAGUUUCUGUGAAGGAUUCCAGUGGAUGUUUGGUAGGUCUAAGUGGUACUGAUGCCAGAAUUACCGUUAGAAGAGAUAUUCCUUCUGCUUCUUUUGCUGUGUCAGAAUCUUCCUCCCAAGUCAGCAUUAAAGAAGCUUCAUUCGCAGAACUUCCAUUAAAACUUUCAGGUGAAGGACCUUUCAGAAUCACCUAUAGCCAUUUGGAUAACAAGGGAGACGUUCUCGAAACUGAAGAGGUGACUUUCAGUUCCAACUAUAAACCGGCCUUAAAGGUUAUGAAGGAAGGUUUGUAUAAAUUGGCUUCAAUUCGUGACCAGAGUUGUGUUGGCAAGAUCGUAGAUCCGAACCAUACUUUCCAAGUAAGUUAUCUCAAAAAACCUACGUACUCAUUAAUUGAGCACAACAGAAUCUCAAAACUGGACGAUUUCAACUACAUUAAAAAUGAUGUCUGCCAAGGGUUUGAAGAAACCAUCGAUAUGUCUCUAAACGGCAUACCACCCUUUUUGAUAGAAUAUGAUAUGAUUUCACCGUUAGGAGAGCUUAUCUCAUCUUCAGUGCAAGUUGCUACGAAGUAUGCUUCAAUUAAAUUCCCUAAUGAAGUCGUUGGUGAAUAUGUGAUAAAGAUUAAGAAUGUAUAUGAUUCCAAUUAUGGGAAGGCUGACCUCCAAAAACUUGCGUACAAACCUUCUCAACUUUCGAUAAGACAGAAUGUAAACUCACUUCCAGAAAUAGAAUUCUUAGAGAAAGGAAGCACCUACAGAACCUGCUCCGCAAACAUAGAGCAAUCAAAGCUAAUGCAGGAUAUCAAACUGAAGGUGCCUCAUGGCUCAGCUCCUUUCUCUGUUUCGUUCAGUAUUUAUCACGAAAGUUCUUCGAAAACAGAUUCUUUCACCAUGCAUAAUAUUACGGCUGCUAACUUUGAUUACAAACGAUUGUAUGAUGGCCUCUCGUUGGGAAAUCAUUUAGUAAGCAUUGAUAGUGUUACUGAUGCAAACGGUUGUAUCAAUGACCUAUCUUCGAGUGGUAAUCAGAUUUCAAUAUCAAUAACAGACGUUCCUAGGAUAUCCCUAGCAGACUCUACCAUGGAAUAUUGUGUUGGGGAUUACGUUGGAUACCAAUUGAGUGGGACACCUCCAUUCAUAAUAAAGUACGACUUCAAUGGUAAGCAGCUAAAAUCCAAGGAACGUUCCUCUCAGUUCGUCAGAUAUGCAUCUGAGCCCGGCGUUAUAUCUAUUUUUUCAAUCCAGGAUUCUUCAUCACAAUGUGUAGUAGAUUUCACAAAUCCGAAGAUGAAACAAGACUUUGAAAGGUUAUCUUUGAAUAUACAUCCAAUUCCGUCGGUAACAGUAUCACAAGGCCAAGAGAUUGUUGAAGAUAUUCAUGAAGGUGACAAAGCUGAAGUUAUAUUCUCCUUCGAAGGUACACCUCCUUUCGCAUUAACCUACGUCCGUACUGAAAACUCUGGCACCAAAAAGGGCAGAAAGCAACAAAUUGUUGAAACACACAAAGUUUCCGAUAUCUAUACUUACGAGUACAGAGUUGUGACCAGUCUACAAGGUACAUAUGAAGCUUUAGAAGUGUCAGACGCCUUCUGCGCAGCUAAGAAUCGUGCGUUGUUGGAUUGA